AUGGUCUCGAUCCCUUCAUUUUACCGCGAGACAGAGCCGACAAACUCUACGACUACAAGUCGAUACCUGGCAGCAGACUUCCCCAGACUCACCAAUAGAAGGAUCUCAUCUCCGCCUUUUACCCCAGACUUUGCGCAUGAGCCUCUUCCUGCAGAAUGCACCAACGACGGCCGGACCGCUAUCAUUGCCGACAAGCGCGCCAUAUCUUCGCAAGCUGCUUCACAUUCACUGUGCAAAGCGCAAGGGUCUCAACAUUUCCGUGACAUAAGAAAAAGCUCGUGUUCUUCAGUCAAGGAAGAAGAGGGGGGCAUAGCACAGUCCUUCUUUGAGUCCGUCAAUGCUUCCGUGCCUACAUCUCCAGACGCCGUGCAUAAUGUCGGCAACCGUACCGGGGCCGGCACCUGCGACUGCUGCUGCCGGUGCGGCAGGAGCCCUAAAUGGCAGCCCGUAGGACCUGGGCGCAAGCGUAGGAGCAAGAGCUAUACCGCCUUGAGGACCGGCAUUUCUGAGUUGUCGGGCUGGGACUUGGAGCUCCCAAGGCCUCAGGAGCCCACGGAGAUCGAGGUUGAGAAAUCGUACGCUCCUGGUGAGGCGCCAAUUGAGAGGCUGCCUGUGGAAGUGCUCGAUGAAAUCAUCGCACAGCUUGCCCUCGACAUCCCACCAGCUGGCUAUGGUCCACGCAACGUCGAUCUGGUCGCGUGUCUGUUGACCUCGAAAACUGUCCAUGUUGCUACUAUCAACACACUUUACAGCCAAAUCACUCUUCCCCACUCCUCGAUCUUCGCCAAAUUCCUGCACCAUAUCUCCGAGUACCCUGGCCUAGGAACGAUCGUGAGACGGCUGGACCUCUCACACACUACUUCGGUCGGACUUGGCCGCAGCCGGCAGACGAAUGCUGAAGUGCAAAACCUCACCGCGAAGACACUUUUUAAAUGCCUCGAGUUGAUUCCAGCAGUCCAAGAGGUUCUGUUGCAAGAAAAUUUGGACGAUGACAUCGAUGAGAAUGUGCUCCGGAAGCUAUUCUUCGGCCUGCCCAAGCUCCGUGCUAUUGACUUCUGCGCUUCAGCGUCCUCAUCAUUCGUGGAUGCCUUUACGUCCACCUUGACUACCCUAAUCGACUCCCCGUCUACGAUGCUCAACAUCCGCCGCCUGGGCAUUCACGAAUGUUUCACUCUCCCAAGCUCAGCUUUUGAAACCCUCCUCCCACACCUACCGCAACUCACCCACCUGGACGCCUCCCACACUCGUAUCACGGACGAAGCUUUGAUGUCACUGCCAGCAUCCGCAACAUUAUCACACCUGAAUCUUGGUCGCUGCAUCUAUAUCACCGGAGAAGGCGUUGUGGACUUUCUCACUACUCAUCCUGCAGUCAGAAGCCUUGUCUAUCUCAACCUCUCCUGCGACAUCUCUCGCUACCGUCUACUUUCGGAUGCGGACGUUGACCGUCUUCUUCCCUCCCUGCCUUCCAGCCUGCGCUCUUUAAACUUGAAUGGCGCCCAGAUCUAUCCACGGCACAUUCCUCAGCUCAUGCCUCUCACCAAACACGUCGAAGAGCUGGGCCUUGCCUGUGCCAAUAUCUCUCUUGCUGACGUCAACAUGCUAUUCCGCCAGCCCGGUCCCUCUCCCACCGGGUCUCGUGGACAGCAGCAGCCUUGGGUGCGUCCAGCGCUACAUUAUCUCGAUCUAACCGCCAUCCCCGCUGUCUCGCAAUCAACACUCUUCAACACCCCAGCUCCAACCAACAUCCUCCUUACGCCCGCGGCGCUCCCCCUCGAAGUCAUCGAACUGGGCGACAAAGCCAUCUCCUCGCUUCGGGAGUGCAAGAACACCAACAAGCGGCUGGGCUGGGUCGUCAAGGAGCUGGGAAGGCGGGGUUGGUACGUCAGGGAGCCAAUAGCGAAUGCGGGUGUUAACGGGGCCGGGGCGACCACUGGGAGGAGAGGCUGGAAGAUGGGAGCGAUGUGGUGGGGAAUGAGGAAGGUGCCUGUCGCGUGGGGCGAGGUUGGGGGUUUGUACGGGCAUUACAUGUUCAAAAAAUGA